AGCCAAAGGACAGCAUUCUGAACCUCUGCCCUGUAACUUCCUGAUCCUCCUCUCUUAUAAAUACAAGGGCAGAACUGGGAUCCCAGAGAGUCAGCGAGCUGAGAGCCAGGACUCCUCAGACCAGCUCUGCCUUCUACGGGGAAGAUGAAGAUCUUCAUAGCUGCCCUCUCCUUCUUCCUUCUUGCUACUGCCCUUGGGUCCCAGAUCCAGGACCUUCAUGAAUCCAUGGUGGCGAAACAACAGCAUGAACCCUUAAUACAGCUGGAAGGCAUUCACCGUCCCGCUGACUGCUGCCCCAAUCUCACCCCACGAAAAAUCCGAUGUGAAAACAUGCAAGAUUUUUUCAAAACAAGCAGUGGGUGCUCCCGGCCAGGUAUCAUCUUCCGUACCAAGAAGGGGCGGCUUGUCUGUGCUAACCCCUAUGAUUUGGAAGUUCAGAACUGCAUGAGGUCCCUGCUGAUGUCAGGAAAAGAAGCCUUGCUUGAAGAGAUGAGAUACUAGGUGUCAGUCACCCCACCUCCACUUCUCUUGUCUCAACUACCUCCUGAGAUUUUCUUGGCCUGAAUUAUCUUUCAAAAAGUAACAAUUACUGUUCUUUCUGUUCUGGUUAUAAAAGCAAUGCAUUAAUAAAGAGUAUCUGAUAUAACUUUCCUUAAACUUUAAAAGGAAAAAGACACUAUACGUAUUGCUGAAA